AUGGACGGAGAGACGGCGCCCGAAGGCCAUGAAAUCGAGAAAUGCGGAGAAAGCGAAGCGAAUGAGGAGGAGCAGACGGUUAGAGAAAAUCAGCUUUUUUAAGCUCAAUUAAAAAGCUCUAAUUUUACUGUUUCAUAAAUUAAAAAGAAUCAUGAAUAUUUAAUGCAGUUAUAAACUUUCCGAUUGUCAAGUUUAUCGUUAUUUUUUAAAUUCUAGACAUCGUCAGAAUGCGACGAUCCUUUGCAAAUCUUCCGAAUGCCGAAACGAAUGAAUUUGGGCGAAAAAGUGAAAAAUUCGGAGGAGGUCAUCGAGAAGAAUCGGAAAUUUUGGAGGGAAACACUCGAAAAGGACCGAAUUACCAAGGUUCUCGCGCCGAUGGUCGAUCAGAGGUGAUUUUGGUGAAAUUUUUGAGGCCCAUUAGUAUGGAGACUUUUGUUGUAGAACAGUUCUCAAAAAUCAAAGGUGUAACAUUCAAACCGACUUAAUUUUUUCAUAAAGUAUGUAGAACCCAUACAACAUUUGUUAGAGAAGGUAGUCACCAGUGUUGAGCGGAAUUCCGUCUGCCGUCUUCCGUCUUCCGUCUUCCGUGGUUUUUUUUGUUCCGUCUUCCGUCUGCCGUCUUCCGUAAGAAAACUUUUCUUCCGCCUUCCGUCUGCCGUCUUCCGUAAAAGAAUGUUUCUUCCGUCUGCCGUCUGCCGUCUUCCGGGAUUUUUUUUUCUUACCGUAAAAGAGUAAUAGCUUUUCAAAAGCCAUUUACUAGUCCCGAAGAACGCGAAUUUCCACGGGCAGUACCCAGAUCCAAAAAGUUUUGUUGCUUUUAGUUAUUUUUUUCAAAAACCGGAAAAAAAGGCUCUGAAUUGACGAUUUUUUUGUUCCGUAUUCCGUCUGCCGUCUUCCGGGAAAAAAGUUUUCUUCCGUCUUCCGUCUGCCGUCUUCCGUGAGAAAAAUUUUCUUCCGUCUUCCGUUUUCCGUGUUCCGUAAGAAAAAUUUUCUUCCGUCUGCCGUCUGCCGUCUUCCGUAUUUCAAAAUUCCAUUUCCGCUCAACUCUGGUAGUCACGCCUUCCGAAAAGCUUUCCUCAGAUUCAAGUCUCCAUACUUAUGGGCCACCCGUAUUCCGGAAUUAUUUCCAAGUUUCAAUGUUUUUGCAGUGAAUUGGCCUUCCGAAUGUUCGGCCGCAAAUACGGUGCCCAACUGACAUUCACCCCGAUGAUCCACGCGCAUUUAUUCGUCAACGACGGCACCUAUCGACGGAAUUCGCUGGCGAUGGUCAAGGCGGACCGGCCGCUCAUUGUCCAGGUGAUUUUGGGAUUCUCAAAACAUUUUCCCAAAAAAACCGACGCGUAUUGCAGUUCUGCGCGAACAAAGUGGACACGUUCCUGUCGGCGUGCCGUCUCGUGGAAUCCGUGUGCGACGGAGUCGACCUCAACCUGGGCUGCCCGCAAAUGGUCGCCAAACGGGGCCGAUACGGUAGUUGGCUGCAGGACGAGCUCGAUUUGAUCUGCGAAAUGAUCCGCGCGGUCAGGGACUACUGUCGCCUGCCCGUUUCGUGCAAAAUACGGGUUCGGGAGAGCCGCGAGCAGACUGUCGAGUACGCGAAACGAUUGGUGCAGGCGGGAGCGAGCAUGUAAGCGGAAGAAAACAUUUGAGAAUUGCAUCGUUUUUCACUAAAUUUACUGUCUCAACAAUUCUGUGAAAAAUAAUUUUUCCAAAAUCUUGCUAAUGAAAAAAAAAAAAAAGUUUUUUUGGCCUGGUUUUUGCAAAGUAUGGAACAACUAAAUGUUCUUUGUAUUUGGUAUUGCAGGCUGACAGUGCACGGAAGGACGCGAGACAUGAAAGGGGCGGAGACGGGAUUGGCCGAUUGGUCGAGGAUCCGAGACGUCGUCGAGGCGGUCGGAGGACUGGUUCCCGUGCUCGCCAACGGAAAUAUUCAGGUUUCAUUUCAUGUUUUCUUUCAGCUCUUCGUUUUUUCGCAUAAUCUCUCGGAAGUCUCCACGGGGCACUGGGUACCAUGAGCCAGGAAACAUAGAUGGUCCCCGGUCCACGCAACACUUUUUUUGGUACCACCCCCGUAACAAGCCGUUCGGUCGUUUCGCAACUCGACGUUUCGAUACCCACGUGAACCAUCAUAGUACAAUUUAUCGCUAAGAAGUUGCGAAACGAACGACCGGGAGCCGCCGUUUGGAUACCUUUGGAAAAGUACAAAAUCGCCUAAAAAACGUGAAUUUUUCAGUUUCCGGGAGACGUCGAACGAUGCAUGACCGGAACUGGCGCGGUGGCGGUCAUGUCCGCCGAAGGACUCCUUUAUAAUCCACUCAUCUUCCAUGUAAUUUUCCCCAUAAUUUGUUUAUUGUUUUUUGUUCAUUUUUAGGACGCGAACGCGCACGUGGAAACGUGGAAAAUAGCGGCCGAAUAUCUGGAGUACGCUCGGAAAUUCCAUGCGGGAACCAGUGCGAUAAGGGCUCACGUCUUCAGAAUUUGCCAUCAUAGGUUGGUUAGAAACAAAUUUCGAAACGUGUAGAAGAAGAGCCACAAUUUUUAGUCUUCUGGAAUACGAGGAUCUUCGAAUGCGAGUGUCUCUGGAGCACCGAAUCGAGGAUUUCGAGAAUAUUGUGGAGGAGCUCGGAAAAAGAGCCCGAGCGGACGCGGAAAACGGAAUAGAACGGGAAGAGGCGGCGAGACGGCUUUUCCAGAGAAUACGGUACUUUUGGCCAGAGUUUCAGGCCGGAAAAGUGCGAAAUUUGCAGAGAAGGAGAGCCGAUGGACGCGCUGGAAGUGUCGAAACAGCCGCAUUGGAUAUCGAAACCCUAUUUCCGGCUAAAAGAAGUGAGUAAAUGGGGAAUACUUGAAAAAACGAUAAAUUACUUGGAAAUUCGUUGAAACCGAAACUUUCUUGAAAAAAAUCAGGUCUUUUUUUCUGGAAAAAGACAGACAGGCAGAAGUUUUUUGCGUUUUAAAUAUAAGACGGGUUUUACCUCUUUGACAACUAUUUUAAGACAUUCCUUACUUGCAGGUAGCGAAAGAGUCGAUAGUCGGAGAGGGCGAGAAGACGUUCCGCGAGAAGCAGAAGGAGAAAUUGGCACAAACCGCCAAAGAGAUGGGCGUUUCUAUGAAGUACGCGAAUCAUCGCUUUUCUGUAAAAUACCUAAAAAUAAUUGCAGACAAGCGCGGAAACGAGAACGUCGUCAGCUGUCGGGCGCGCGCAUUCUGGAGGCCAAAAAGCUGAAAUUCCCGCCGUGCACGCGGUGCGGACAGCCGGCCGGACAGGCCUGCGCCAACCAGAAAUGCAAAAAGUGUUGCAGAUUUCAGAGCAAACACGAACAAUCGGACUGCAAACGUACGCCUUCUUUUUUCUUUAAUUAAUUAAAACUUUUCUUUAAUUUUCAGCGCAUCGCUACCUCUUCUCGGCGACAAGUCAACCGAUCACGGCGGACAGCUAA